AUGACUUUACCUCGGCAGGAUCAAGGAGCGCGUGGUGCCAAGAAAAAAGCUAUCGAAAAUGCAGUUUGGAAGCAAGAUAAACCAAGACGCAAGAAUGCAACAGCAACAUCAGCCCAAGACCGUCCUGCCCCAAAAAAGAGAACUGACGCGUCACCAGCACCUACUCCAAGUCGGAAGUCCAGCUCCACUGGCAAGUCAAACAGGACUAAGGCAUCAAGAAAGCCGUCAACACUGAGUCCGUUGAUACACUUGAAACUAAUUUAUGGUACUUACAUGGAAAAACGUUGGGCACUGGCAGAGCGUCCGCGCGACAUGAGCGACUCAGAUGAUGGUAUCUUGCAGGCUCCACUGAUGGUUGAUAAGCAACUUGAUGCGCAGCUGCCUUACUAUCGACGACCAGCGAAACUCUGCCGAACUUACACUAUGCAAGAUGUGGCAUUGCUUGAAGAUGAAGAUGAGCAGAGUACUGACUCUGAUAUGAACGGUAACGACUCGGAGAGCAGCGCCACUGACGGUGAGGAUGAAGAUUCGGCUGCGUUGAGGCUUUUCGAUGAGGUCGCGUCGGUCGUCACCAACAAGCAGCAGGUAGCAUCGAAAUCCGAGUCACGUGGCACCCCAAGUCCAAAAGCCGAGUUCAAGGCCCGAGAUCACAAACAAGCAGCAGAGACUCCUACCUGGGCCAAUAUGGAUGUCGAAGAUGCAGUUUCGGAGUCCAUUGAAGAUCGCUCAACUGGUGGCGACUCAGAAUUCCAAUCCGACAACGAAGGCACUGCACCGACUCGGAAACUUACCUCUGACGCGAAGACUCGGAGUAUCGCCUCGCUCAUUCGAACAGAAAGUGGAAAGGUGAAAUUACUUGAUCAGAACCUAGAGACUCGCAAAGUCCUUCAGUCCGCAAUCAUGGAAGUCAAGUGCCACCUUUUUUUCACCCACGGCUAUCCUGAACUGGUUGACAAGAACCAAGUUGCGCUGCAAGCAUUGAUAGUUGUCGCCGAAAAACGUGGUGUGCACCCAAUCAAAGAACGUCUUCAAUCGGACGAACGGUAUGCGUCACAACUCGGUAGCUUGGUGGAUGCUCGUGUUCCAAUAUUGCGUCGUGAGCUGAAGGAAGACGCAUGUGCGCAUGCCGAUGGUUACUUUCGCCUUGGACACACCGACACUGGGAAAGCUGCAGUGAGAAGGCUAUUGGAUAAGCUUGCAUAUAUAUAUGCCUUGAAGUUUGAUAUCAAUAACGAGGCUUCGCCCAUUGGAAAGAAGCCCUACCAGGGUGAACUCUUAAUUUUCUUAAUAUAUCGGCAGCUCUUUCAUAGCUCGAGGUCCGUUGCCAUCAAGUUUGUGGAACGCUUCAUCGAAAUCGCCAACAACAAAGGCCAGCGCCCCGAAGUCCCUAUCCCUUUGCUGGCAUUGGUUGCCACUGCGGUAAUGUGCUUGUCGUCAUUGUUCCUGGAAAAACUGAAGAAGGACGCACCUGCAAAAUUCCACUGUAUGAUGGCCGACAUCUAUGAGGCUGCACAGAAGUUGCGAUACAGCGGCACCGCUGCCAGUGGCCAUGCUGCUGAGCUCGAAGCAUUCGAGUUACUUGACCUCAACAAUAUGGAAGAAGACUGA